AUGACUUUGAGAAUGAAGGUCAAAGUGUGUUACAAGUUGGAGCUGAAAAACAUGAUUUUAAAAGAUGAAAUACACAUUUCCCCACAGCUUUGUGACCCAGAGCACCCACCAGAGUCCAUGCGCAGGGUCCCUGAUUGUGGGAUUGAGGACCUAUGCAUAGACCUCAAGGCACCUGCAUCAGAGAGUGGAGGGGAAGGUGGGAGCCACCAGCGACCCAACCUCGCGCCGAGGCGUCUCCCAGGGCAACCUGGGGGAGGCGUGGCCUUAGCAUUGGUCCCGCCCCCUUCUCUCCAGCUCGAGCAACGAUUGGCCCAGAGGCACGUCAAAGGCGCAGCGGGCAGAUUUCGGUCCCAGCUCUGGCAGGCCCGCGCCGCCAUUUUGGCUAGUGUGAGUUUCCUAACGCUUAAUCCUGCACCAGUUCAACUUAUAGUUCAGUUUUUGGAGCAGGCUUCCAAACCUUCAGUUAAUGAGCAAAACCAAGUUCAGCCUCCACCUGAUAACAAGAGAAACCGUAUUUUAAAAUUACUUGCUCUUAAAGUUGCUGCACAUUUGAAGUGGGACUUAGACAUAUUAGAGAAAAGUUUAUCUGUUCCAGUGCUGAAUAUGCUACUAAACGAGCUCCUCCGCAUCAGUAAAGUUCCUCCUGGAACAAAGCAUGUCGACAUGGAUCUGGCCACUUUACCUCCAACCACUGCCAUGGCUAUACUCCUCUACAAUAGAUGGGCAAUUAGGACAAUUAUUCAGAGUAGUUUUCCUGUCAAACAGGCAAAACCUGGACCCCCACAGUUAAGUGUUAUGAAUCAGAUGCAACAGGAAAAAGAGCUCACAGAAAAUAUUUUGAAAGUGCUAAAAGAACAAGCUGCUGAUUCUAUUUUGGUACUAGAGGCAGCCCUAAAAUUAAACAGGGAUCUUUAUGUCCAUACGAUGAGGACUCUUGAUUUGUUGGCCAUGGAACCGGGCAUGGUAAAUGGAGAAACAGAGAGUUCUGCUGCUGGACUGAAAAUCAAGACCGAGGAAAUGCAGUGCCAGGUGUGUUAUGAUCUGGGAACUGCAUACUUUCAGCAAGGCUCCACAAAUUCAGCUGUCUAUGAAAAUGCCAGAGAAAAAUUUUUUCGAACCAAAGAACUAAUUGCAGAGAUAGGUUCAUUAUCUCUUCAUUGUACCAUAGAUGAGAAGCGGUUAGCUGGCUAUUGUCAAGCGUGUGAUGUUCUUGUACCUUCUUCUGAUAGUACAAAUCAGCUGUUGACGCCAUAUAGUCAAGUUCAUAUUUGUUUGAGGUCUAGCAACUAUCAGGAGGUAAUACAGAUUUUCAUUGAAGAUAACUUAACCUUCAGUUUACCUGUCCAGUUCCGGCAAUCAGUACUAAGAGAACUUUUUCAGAAAGCUCAACAGGGAAAUGAAGCUCUAGAUGAAGUCUGUUUUAAAGUCUGUUCCUGUAACACAGUCCGUGAUAUUUUGGAAGGUAGAACAGUUAGUGUUCAAUUUAACCAGCUAUUUCUUAGACCUAACAAAGAGAAAAUAGACUUCCUUCUUGAGGUAUGUUCACGAUCAAUAAAUUUAGAAAAAGCUUCAGAGUCUUUGAAAGGAAACAUGGCUGCUUUUCUCAAGAAUGUGUGUCUGGGGUUGGAAGAUCUGCAGUAUGUUUUCAUGAUUUCUUCACAUGAGCUUUUCAUUACAUUGUUGAAAGAUGAAGAACGAAAACUACUUGUUGAUCAGAUGAGGAAGAGAUCCCCUAGAGUAAAUCUGUGCAUUAAGCCUGUCACUUCAUUUUAUGAUAUCCCAGCCUCAGCAAGUGUCAACAUUGGCCAGUUGGAGCAUCAGCUUAUAUUGUCAGUGGACCCCUGGAGGAUUCGACAGAUUUUAAUUGAAUUGCAUGGUAUGACUUCAGAGCGCCAAUUCUGGACAGUGUCUAAUAAGUGGGAAGUUCCUUCUGUGUAUAGUGGUGUUAUACUGGGAAUUAAAGAUAAUUUAACAAGAGAUUUGGUUUACAUUCUGAUGGCCAAAGGUUUACACUGCAGUACUGUUAAGGACUUUUCCCAUGCUAAACAGCUGUUUGCUGCUUGUUUGGAGUUGGUAACAGAGUUCUCACCAAAACUUCGUCAGGUCAUGCUGAAUGAAAUGCUGCUUUUGGAUAUUCAUACGCAUGAAGCCGGAACAGGGCAAUCAGGAGAGAGACCUCCUACUGACCUCAUUAGUAGGGUACGAGGAUAUCUGGAAAUGAGGCUUCCCGAUAUUCCUCUUCGUCAAGUUAUAGCUGAGGAGUGUGUUGCUUUUAUGUUAAACUGGAGAGAGAAUGAAUACCUAAUGCUGCAAGUUCCUGCGUUUCUGCUUCAGAGUAAUCCGUAUGUAAAGCUUGGACAGCUGUUAGCAGCUACAUGCAAAGAACUUCCAGGUCCUAAAGAAAGUCGACGCACAGCUAAAGACCUCUGGGAAGUGGUUGUCCAGAUCUGUAGUGUGUCCAGUCAGCACAAACGCGGAAAUGAUGGCAGAGUUAGUUUAAUAAAGCAGAGGGAGUCUACAUUAGGUAUAAUGUAUCGGAGCGAAUUGCUUUCUUUUAUCAAAAAGUUAAGGGAACCAUUGGUUUUGACUAUUAUUUUAUCACUUUUUGUGAAACUUCACAAUGUUCGGGAGGACAUUGUGAAUGAUAUUACAGCUGAACACAUUUCCAUUUGGCCGUCUUCUAUUCCCAACCUCCAGUCUGUGGACUUUGAAGCUGUGGCAAUCACAGUGAAAGAGUUAGUUCGGUAUACACUCAGUAUAAACCCAAACAACCAUUCCUGGUUAAUUAUUCAGGCAGACAUUUAUUUUGCCACAAAUCAGUAUUCAGCAGCUCUUCACUAUUACCUCCAGGCUGGAGCUGUGUGUUCUGACUUCUUUAAUAAGGCUGUGCCCCCUGACGUGUAUACAGACCAGGUGAUAAAACGAAUGAUAAAAUGUUGUUCUUUGCUGAAUUGCCACACACAGGUGGCAAUUUUAUGUCAGUUCCUCAGAGAAAUUGACUAUAAAACAGCCUUUAAAUCACUUCAGGAACAAAACAGUCAUGACGCUAUGGACUCCUACUAUGACUACAUAUGGGAUGUUACCAUUUUGGAAUACUUGACUUAUCUUCAUCAUAAAAGAGGAGAAACAGAUAAAAGGCAAAUUGCAAUCAAAGCCAUCGGCCAGACAGAAUUAAAUGCAAGUAACCCAGAAGAAGUGUUACAGCUGGCAGCACAGAGAAGGAAAAAAAAAUUUCUACAAGCAAUGGCAAAACUUUACUUUUAAGCAGUUAGUUAAAAUUUUUAACUUUUAUUUUUUAAACAAUGGGUAAAAAUAAACAGUAUUAAAAGAUUACAUUUAUAUAAUA